GUGGGCGGAGCGGAUCUCCCGGGGCGGGGUCCCGUGGGAUACCAAUGGACCACUCUUACCCCAGCGCCAGCAAGGGGUCAGCCUCGGGGGACGUGGCGGGGUGGCUGCAAAGAGCAGAGGAGAGUUGGCGGGGACCCCAGGGUUCAAGAAGGAUGCCGUGUAGGGCAAGUUGAGGACCCUGCUGACUGCUAGGGUGGUAAAGGCAGGUUUGGGGGGCAGAAGGGUUAUCUGGCCCUGAAAUGUAAGUUCAGGUGCGGGGGUUGGGGAGGAGCACGGGCAAGGAUGCUGGGGCGCACGGGGCUUCCCCGCGGAGAGAUAGUCUGAGAGACAAGGUCCUAGCUGGACUGCGGUGGUGGGGAACGUGCGACCCCGCUGACUCCGGGAAAGGGAUGAAGGGGGCGGGUCCCCAAGGGGCGGGCCCGGAAGGGAGGGCCGGGGGCUCCUAGGGGUGCGGCCCGGUGGGAUGCUGUUUCCAGGGGGCUCAGGACGUGACCGCCGUGGAAACACAAGGCUGGCCCUGCCGCGCGUCCACCGGCGCCCGCCACUUCGGGGGGCCCGCGUCAGCGCGCGGUUGUCAUGGCGACUGGCGGGCGGGGGGCGGGGGCUGCGAGGAAAAGAGGUCAGCGCUCAGCCUCGCUGCGACUCCGGGCCCGGGCGGCGCGGGCGAGAGCGCUGGGCUCGCCUCUGCCUCCCCGGUGGGGGGGCCCGGGCAUGGGGUCCCGCAGCCCGAGCCCCUCGGCGGGCGCACAGGGCUCGGGGCCGCGCACCGCAGCCCCGCACUGACGGCCGCGGCGUGCCCUGCGCUAGGCGGAGCGGAGGCCGCGCGCGGCCCGCGGAGCACCUUCAGGAUGCUCAUCAAGGAAUACCACAUCCUGCUGCCCAUGAGUCUGGACGAGUACCAGGUGGCCCAGCUCUACAUGAUCCAGGCUGGUUCCGGGCACUGCUGCCCAAGGCUGCUCUGCAGGUAGAGGAGGAAUCAUGGAAUGCUUACCCCUACACCCGAACCCGGUACACCUGCCCCUUUGUGGAGAAAUUCUCCAUUGAAAUAGAGACCUAUUAUCUGCCUGAUGGGGGGCAGCAGCCCAAUGUCUUCAACCUGAGCGGGGCAGAGAGGAGACAGCGUAUCCUAGACACCAUCGACAUCGUGCGGGAUGCAGUGGCUCCAGGCGAGUACAAAGCAGAAGAGGACCCCCGGCUGUACCGCUCAGUCAAGACUGGCCGAGGGCCACUGGCUGAUGACUGGGCUCGGACAGCGGCCCAGACGGGACCCCUCAUGUGUGCAUAUAAGCUAUGCAAGGUUGAGUUCCGCUACUGGGGCAUGCAGGCCAAGAUUGAGCAAUUCAUCCAUGAUGUCGGUCUGCGUCGGGUGAUGCUUCGGGCCCACCGCCAGGCCUGGUGCUGGCAGGACGAGUGGACAGAGUUGAGCAUGGCUGACAUCCGGACACUGGAGGAGGAGACUGCCCGCAUGUUGGCCCAGCGCAUGGCCAAGUGUAACACAGGCAAUGAGGGACCCGAGGCCCAGACCCCUGGGAAACCCAGCACUGAGGCCCGACCUGGGGCCAGCAAUGCUGGCACCCCUGAUGGGCCUGAGGUCCCCCCUGGUCCUGAUGCCUCGCCCGAUGCCAGCUUUGGGAAGCAGUGGUCCUCAUCCUCCCGUUCCUCCUACUCAUCCCAGCAUGGAGGCGGUGUGUCUCCACAGAGCUUGUCUGAGUGGCGCAUGCAGAACAUCGCGAGAGACUCUGAGAACAGCUCGGAGGAGGAGUUCUUUGAUGCCCAUGAAGGCUUCUCAGACAGUGACGAGGUCUUCCCCAAGGAGAUGACCAAGUGGAAUUCCAAUGACUUUAUUGAUGCCUUUGCCUCCCCAACUGAGGCAGAGGGGGUGCCAGACCCGGGACCCGAAGCUACUAAAGGCAUCGAAGAUGGGUCCCGCGGCCCCAGGGACUCAGAGGGGCCUGAUGGAGCAGGAGAGCUCGGGGCCGACCCGUGUGCAGUGCACGCCCUGUUCCUCAUCCUGCACAGCGGUAGCAUCCUGGACUCAGGCCCUGGAGAUGCCAACUCCAAGCAGGCAGAUGUGCAGACUCUGAGCUCGGCCUUCGAAGCCGUCACCCGCAUCCACUUCCCUGAGGCCCUGGGCCACGUGGCGCUGCGACUGGUGCCCUGCCCACCCAUCUGUGCUGCUGCCUAUGCUCUUGUCUCCAACCUGAGCCCCUACAGCCAUGACGGCGACAGCCUGUCCCGCUCCCAGGACCACAUUCCACUGGCUGCCCUGCCGCUCUUGGCCACCUCAUCCUCCCGCUACCAGGGCGCCGUGGCCACCGUCAUCGCUCGCACCAACCAAGCCUAUGCAGCUUUCCUGCGCUCAUCAGAGGGCACCGGCUUCUGUGGGCAGGUGGUGCUGAUUGGAGACGGCGUCGGUGGUAUCCUGGGCUUCGAUGCGCUCUGUCACAGUGCCAGUACGGGCACAGGGAGCCGGGGCAGCAGCCGCCGUGGGAGCAUGAACAACGAGCUGCUCUCCCCGGAGGUGGGCCCAGUUCGGGACCCACUGGCAGAUGGGGCAGAGGCACUGGGUCGGGCUAGCCCAGAACCCUCAGCCCUGCCUGCCCAGCGCACCCCCAGUGACAUGGCCAGUCCUGAGCCUGAAGGCUGUCAGAACAGCCUGCAGGCAGCCCCCACAACCACAUCCUCUGGGGAGCCCCGGCGGGCAAGCACGGCCUCCUGCCCACCUGCUGCCAGUUCUGAGGUUCCUGAUGGCCCUACCAACGCUGCCCCUGCCCGCCUAGACUUCAAGGUCUCUGGCUUCUUCCUCUUUGGCUCCCCACUGGGUUUGGUGCUGGCUCUGCGCAAAACUGUGAUGCCCACCUUGGAGGUGGCCCAGAUGCGCCCAGCCUGUGAGCAGAUCUAUAACCUCUUCCAUGCGGCUGACCCCUGCGCCUCCCGCCUGGAGCCCCUGCUGGCCCCUAAGUUCCAGGCCAUCGCCCCACUUGCUGUGCCCCGCUACCAGAAAUUCCCUCUGGGAGACGGCUCAUCCCUGCUGCUGGCCGACACUCUGCAGACCCACUCCGGCCUCUUUUUGGAGGAGCUGGAGAUGAUGGUGCCCUCAACACCCACCUCGGCUAGCGGUGCCUUCUGGAAGGGCAGUGAGUUAGGCACUGAACCAACGGCUCCCAGCACCACCAGCGAGGUGGUUAAGAUCCUGGAGCGCUGGUGGGGAACCAAGCGGAUCGACUACUCGCUGUACUGCCCCGAGGCGCUCACCGCCUUUCCCACAGUCACGCUGCCCCACCUCUUCCACGCCAGCUACUGGGAGUCAGCAGACGUGGUGGCCUUCAUUCUGCGCCAGGUGAUUGAGAAAGAGCGGCCACAGCUGGCAGAGUGCGAGGAACCCUCCAUCUACAGCCCUGCCUUCCCCAGGGAGAAAUGGCAGCGAAAACGCACUCAGGUCAAGAUCCGGAACGUCACUUCCAACCAUCGGGCAAACGACACGGUGGUGUGUGAGGGUCGUCCCCAGGUGCUGAACGGGCGCUUCAUGUAUGGGCCCUUGGAUGUGGUCACACUUACGGGAGAGAAGGUGGACAUCUAUAUCAUGACACAGCCGCUAUCAGGCAAGUGGAUCCACUUUGGCACCGAGGUCACCAACAGCUCGGGCCGCCUCACCUUCCCAGUGUCUUCUGAGCGCGUGCUAGGCAUCGGUGUCUACCCAGUGCGUAUGGUGGUUAGGGGUGACCACACCUAUGCCGAGUGCUGUCUGACUGUGGUGGCCCGUGGCACGGAGGCUGUGGUCUUCAGCAUCGAUGGCUCUUUCACUGCCAGUGUCUCAAUCAUGGGGAGUGACCCUAAGGUGCGCGCUGGUGCUGUGGAUGUGGUCAGGCACUGGCAGGACGCUGGCUACCUGAUCGUGUAUGUAACAGGCCGGCCUGAUAUGCAGAAGCACCGCGUGGUGGCCUGGCUGUCACAGCACAACUUUCCCCACGGUGUCGUCUCCUUCUGCGAUGGCCUCACCCACGACCCCCUGCGCCAGAAGGCGAUGUUUCUGCAGAGCCUGGUGCAAGAGGUGGAACUGAACAUCGUGGCUGGCUAUGGGUCCCCCAAAGAUGUUGCUGUGUAUGCAGCACUGGGCUUGUCCCCGACCCAGACUUACAUCGUGGGCCGUGCUGUGCGGAAGCUGCAGGCGCAGUGCCAGUUCCUGUCAGAUGGCUACGUGGCCCACUUGGGCCAGCUGGAGGCGGGCUCCCACGCUCAUGCCUCCUCAGGACCCCCAAGGGCUGCCCUAGCCAAGAGCAGCUACGGUGUGGCUGCCCCUGUGGACUUCCUCCGCAAGCAGAGCCAGUUGCUUCGCUCCAGGGGCCCCAGCCAGGCAGAGCGUGAGGGCCCAGGAACACCCCCCACCACACUGGCUCGGGGCAAGGCCCGAAGCAUCAGCCUCAAGUUGGACAGCGAAGAGUGAGCCUGGCUUUGGCUGGACCUGUGUUAUUUAUUGACACUGGAGGGACCCCAGUGGCUGUGUGUGGGAGACUGGGGGGCCUAGACCUUUGGCCCCAGCCCUGGCUCCCCCAGCCCCACACCCUGCAUCUGUCUGUCCCUCAGUGUUCCUUCCCUUUCGUGGAGGGACCCAGCCCCAGGGGGAGGGAGGGAGUAAGCUAGGGUCCAGUGGCAUUUCCAGUGUGUGUGAACCCAUGAAAAUAAACUCCUGCAUCUACUUGGUUGCCUACCGGCCUGGCAGUGCAAGGCAGUGAGCUCAGCCUUCAGUUCAGUGAGACACUGAAAUGUAGAGAAGGGCCAGGACCUGACCAGGGUCAUGAGGCAAGGCCAGGCUGGGGCUAGGCCUCAACAGCUUCACAAAGGGCCUUGGCCACUCCUCUUACCAAAGCCAUUUCCUGGACACUAAGCCCAUCCUCCUCCUCCCCCGCAGCCAGUGUUCAAGUCUGCAGGAGUCACAUGGCUUCUUACUCCAGAGGCCAAAGCAAGACGACUAUGGGACGAAAGGCUGGAGAGGAGAGGACUGCACCAGAUUUCACCUGAGCACCAAACUGCUCCUGGGGCUCACUGGUCCAGGCAUGCAAAAAAAUUAUCUCAUUUCUCUGUCAUGGACACUCUAAGCCCAGAGGUCUUAGA